CCUUCAGCCCCAGUUCUCCACCCACCCGCCGACAGAGAAGACCUGUUAGGAGCCGCCAAUCCUUCAUCUAAACAUAUGGCAAAAACAGCCUUCUUUCUUUCUUAUAUCAUUGUGCCCACUACUCUUUAAAAAUUCCGCCGAAAAAGAGAAGACGAUUUUCCAAAACAUUUUGGCCGUUAUCUCACGGCUCCCCCGUCUCUGCACAGGUGUAUGAUCGCUACCCAGAGGGCCUAGGGGCGGCUCUGUACCGGGAGCACUUUGACUUCAACGCUGAGCCACCUUGGGAUCCUAGCUGAUAGCGGGACAAGUCCAUCUCCCGACUUGUCCAUUUUGUUGCAUACCGGCAGGACCCCAUUGGCUCAGUCGUGACCCCUUGACUUGGUUAUCUGUUCUUUAUGAUUGCUGGAUUAGCGGAAUACGGUCAAGAUGAAAGGACUCGCUGACAAACCUAGCUACAUCAUUGAACUUAUGGAGGGAGGAGUGACCCUUGAAGAUAUUAUCGAUGGUCACAUUUAUGAGCAGACUCUGGUGGAGAAGAACGCAUUUGUGGUGGGGGAUCUUGGUGCCCUCAUGCGACAACAUGUGUGCUGGCAGAGCUUGGUGCCACAUCUACAGCCAUACUACCCAGUCAAAUGCAACAGCAGCCCUGUAGUCAUUGAAGUAUUAGCCUCUCUGGGCCUUGGCUUUGUCUGUGCCAACAAGGCUGAAGUGAGUUUGGUGCUGGAGCAUGGCGUACCACCAGAAAACAUCAUUCUGUCUGGUGUUUGCAAGCAGCUGGCACUUAUCAAGCAUGCAGCCAAGAACAACAUCCAGCAACUUGUGUGUGAAAAUGAGGCGGAGUUGUCCAAGAUUUCUCGUCUGCAUCCUGGUGCAAAGUUGCUGCUGCAGUUGACCACUGAAGCCCAUGCUGCUGAGACCAGCAUGGCCUUCGGCUCCUCUCUGAAGAGCUGUCGACACCUACUGGAAGCAGCCAAGGAGCUGGGAAUCCAGGUGGUGGGGGUGACAUUUCACAUCCCUAGCUCCUGCCAAGACCUGCCACAGGCUUAUACCCAUGCACUGUCUGAUGCUCGCUGUGUGUUUGACAUGGGGGUGGAGCUGGGAUUCAACAUGAACAUUCUGGACAUUGGAGGCGGUUUCACUGGCUCAGAGUUUCAGCUCAAACAGGUUGAGUCUGCAGUCAGGCCUCUGCUGGAUACAUACUUCCCCCCACUAUCUGGUGUGCAAGUGCUGGCCCAGCCUGGUAGCUUCUAUGUGGCUUCUGCUUUCAACCUGGCUGUAAAUGUCAUCGGCAAAAAGGUGGUGACCCGCCACUGGGAUAGCCUAGCUCAAGAUGAGAACAAUGAGAAUGCAGAGUUCCUGUACUACAUGAAUGAGGGUGUUUAUGGUCCAUUCAACCUCAAGCUACUUGGAAACUCCAUCGCUGCCCCAUCAGUGCAUAAGCAUGCAUUGUGUGCUGAAGAGGCAGUGUAUCCCAGCAGCCUCUGGGGCCCAUCUUUGGACCAGCUCGAUCAGGUGGUGGAGCGCUGCCUGCUACCAGAGCUCACUGUGGGAGACUGGCUUCUCUUCUCCAACAUGGGAGCAUCAGGUCUGGAGGAGUGCAGCUGCCUCUCGGGCUCAUCCCAGCUGCCCGUGUACUACACCGUCUCCACCUCUGACUGGUACGAAAUGUUGGAAGCCGGCGUGGUGUUGGACAGCACCAUGAAGAACUUCGACAUGGUGCAGUACAAUGCAUAAACUCCCGUUUGCCCCAGCCCAGGAUGAUGUUGCACAGACCCUCCUCAACCAGAGUGAGGUCAGAGUGGUAUUAUGGGACAAGCAGCUUCAUGUGGUCAACAUUCCAACCACCUUGGAAAGUGUCGUGUCAUAUUAUUUCCUCUAGGAAUUGGACUUUUUUUUUUUUUUUUUACCUCUGAAAAUAGGAAAUUGUUGGCUUAUAGCUAAUGAUUCUUACCUCAAAUGAUUUAAAAAAGGUAUCUGGAAGAUAAUCUUCUCAUGUUUGCUCCUCUCUCUAAUUGACCUAAAGAAAAACAAAACCUGUCAGCUUAAAAAAACUCCAGCCCAAGCUUGAAUGACAUUAUGCAACAAAAUGGAUGACUCUUUGGAGAUGGGACCCCCAGCCUUUUUGGGGUGGUUGUUUCCUAACUAAAAUCCAGUUUACAAAUGCACAAUUAAUUUAAAUCAUGUUCUCUAUUGAUUACCUGUCAACAGUCUUGUAAAUCGUGUGUCUCUUGAACACAUCAGUUUUGUCUGUAUAUGAUUUUUGAGGCGUUUGAAGGAGUCAGUGCCUUGUGUAGACUCUACUUCAAACACCACAUAAUUUAAAUGAAAUUAUGACAAUGGCGUAACCUAUUAUUGCAGUUCACCUCAUUACAUUUUAUUUAUUGGAUUCAGAUAGUACUGGGGCAUGUUAAAAGCUCCAACUUUAAGUGUAUUUUUGCCCAGGUAUUAUGCAGUGACCCAUCAACAGUGUUUUUCUGACAAGAUAUUGAUGUGUUUUUUUAACGCUACAUGGAUUUAAGUGUGCUGUGAUUUACCAUUUGUGACCUCAGUCAUUUUCCCUUACUUGUAAGGCAUGAAGGAUCUGCUAUGGGAUAAUUUAUCAACACUGAGAUGUGGCUUUGGUGUAUAGAAAUCUACAUUCACAUUUAGAAAGGCACUCCUGGCCUCUAAUAGAGAGAGGUGAAUCAGGUUUACGAUGCACAAAAUCUUUUGUAGGUUAAACAAAUACUGUGACAUUUCACAAUGCAGCCCUGGUUUCUCAGAUCUGUCAGAUUAGGGGUUAUUCCUCGUCCUCCUACGAUCUGAAAAACCAGCAAACGACCCUAUCCUGAAGAGUGCUCAAGCAUAUAUGAUCAGUAUCUGAAGUCAAACACAAGUUAGUUGUACAUGACCUCUCUGGGGCAGUGCAAAUAUUAAAAUGUUUCCCUCAUGCCUUUCUAUUGUUAUGAGGGCCAUAAUGCACAGUCUCUUGUACAGCUAAAUGUCUAAUAUUAUAAAAGAUGACCUGACUUAACCAUCAGUUUUUAAAGAAUCCUGUCCUUGUGUUACAAAUUACUGAUGUAUUAAUUACUUGCUGUCUAAGGCACUAAUGGACCAUAGCCCAUUUUUUGACUGUAAAUUGUGCUUGUUAAAGUAAUGAAAGUGAUUAAUUUAAUACAUUUCUGACUGAAAUCA